AUGAUGGAGGAGGAGUCGCCAGUGGUCCCGGAACGAUCAUGGUCAGAAGUUACCGAGGCCGCUUUGCUUUUCUUAUUCGAUGUGGCUUAUAUAGUGGUCGGCAUUGUCAACAUCAUAAAAAAAGUGAAAAAGAGGAAAAGCAAGUGAGUACUUAGAAGAGAUCCGCAAAGAUAUGGAGCUUUUUUGUGGAAAUUAGACCUCGCUGUCUCUUUUUGCAAAACGGGCUGUUUUGCAAAAAGAAACGGGCAUGUCGAUUUGUAAAUGCUAGUUGCCUUUAAAAGUCUAGACAUGAUUUCAGAGUCAAAACACCGAAGCAACACAAUGGGGUGGUGGGGAGUCAGAACUCGUUCAGACUUUUCAAAUUGAGCCUUCUUGCAAGUGACAUGAUGAUAAUGUUCCUCUACGCGGCGGUGAAAGUGAGCUGUUCAGACAUUCAGAAAAAAGGGCAACUCAUUAAUUCAGGCUCUAUGGCUCCUUCAGUUCGAGUGGAAGUUUGGGUGGAUUGCUUGCAAACUAUACAGAUACGGAUCGUCUGUCGCUUUCUUUUCAAAUUCUAACAUUGUCUGCGGAAUCGCUUUGGACAGAUAUUUAUCAGUGUAUAGCAAUCAUAUAAUAGGUAACACUUCCCCCAAAGCUAUCCGUUAUUUUUCAACUGUCAGGUGUUCGUCAACAUCAGCGAACCCUUCGUUUGUUAUUUGCUGCAUGGAUUAUCGCUUUAAUCGCCGCGCUUCCGCAGCUUAUUGUCUGGGAAACGUACCGCCCAAAUUCAUUGGACUGGGAACAAUGUGUCACCACGUUCGCAAUCAAACUGUUCGAACUUCCUGCGGACUCUCCGAAAAGGGACAAUGUGAAUUUCUGGUCGAUGAUUUACGAAGGAUACCACCAAUCAAUGGCAUUCUGGCUCCCUCUUUCUAUAACUUUCGCGUCGUACGUUCGAAUGAUGAGCCGGCUGAUUCCAUUCUGGCCGUUCAGCGUGCUCAACUCUUAUGAGGAUAGACGACAACAAACGUGAGAACAAUUGUCUGUGUUUCAGUCCCUCCACGCACAUUCGUUUAUUUCAGUUUGUGCACAAUCUUCUGGAGCAAAAUCAGCGAGAGAUUACACGAGUUCUUUUGUGUCAUCAUCUUCCGACGGAAAAGUUAUGCGUCUCAACAAUCGGCAAGAGGUAUGAAAUUCAAUCCUAAGGAAGUGCGAAAAAGUAAACAGUCCGGUAUAUUUUUUCAGUUCCACUUGCUGGCACCACAAGACACCCACCCACGACAGCCCUUCGCCGACAACUCGGAACGACCGUCUUCCGGAAUGCGUGUGCCAUCAUCGUUACUCAUAUUGUUCUAUGGCUUCCGUACAAUAUUAUCAGCUUAUCAAGGCGAGUUUUUUAGACAUACAUUCCAAUGGGAAAAAUAACAAGGGAUAUUCAGAUUUGUGAAUGAGCCAUUCUACGAAACGAUCUCUCUCAACGGCGGAAACCUUUUGGAGUUGCUCAUUCUCCUCGGCGCAUUUCUCAACCCAAUUCUCUACUCGAAAAGCGGUGCAAACACCGUGCACCGAGUUUAG